UCAGUCGCCCCCCUUUCGCCGCCUGAAGCUUCGUGUCUGCGAGGGCGAAACAGUAAUGCACCCCAUAGAAGAGUACUAUCGACCUCAUUGACGGUUGUCCGAGUUGAUUGCCGUGCAAUGUCGACUAACCACUAGCCGCGGUAGGCAGCCUUUCAGAUGGACAGACCCUUUCUUUUGUAAGGAGGUAAACGCUUAAAUAUGCCUUCAAUCAGACUGCAGCAGCAGGGAGGUUCAAGGCGCGCUGUAUCGCGUGCCAGUUGAUGCAGCUCAUUAACAUGUUUCACGUCGACCAUAUGACACCUGUUGGUAUCGUUCGCUGUCUGUCGAAUCGUCGUUAUAUCAUAUCUACAACUCCUGUAAUGCAUUAAACGUUAGCCAGUAUCCGACUAGAAGUUAAAGUUUGAUGUUUCCCAUUGUUCAUACGUAUGUAAUGGUGCUCUCAAUAUCAAGCACAAAGAGAACUUGUUGACUGCAACGUUCUGUGCUUUUCUGGAUUACUGUAUAUGCUAUGUGCGUACUAGUGUGUGCCGUUGACCGUCUAUCAGCUCUGUAGUAUUGUGUAUCUAUGCACACCUUCCACGUAGUGCCCACUAUACCAAGUACGUUUCCCUGGGAACCAUAUACAGAAUAGAUGUUCCAUGUUUGUGUCGACGUAACAACGGUCCCCCUAAUAUUUUUCGUGUUUGUCUAGAGAGGGAACUGUAAGGAAAGAUAGGCGUCUCAAAAUUCAAAGCUUUUGUGUAUUAACAACUUUUGCAUUCACUAUGGGCAAACGUUCAGCAGUGGUAGCUCACACCAAAGUAGAUAUCGCGGCCAGGUCACCGGCUAUGCCGGAAACGAGAACGUUCACUGAAAACGAACUGCGCGAGUUCGAUGUGACAAACCCUGACGAGGGUAAAGAGUUCAAUAAACGUGCCGAAAUCCUGCUGGGCGAGACGCCGGCAAAACGAGCUCAAAGCCUCAAAGAGUUUCGAAAGAAGCUCGAAAUGAUCGAGGACUUUGAGCCGAAAACUGAUGAUGACCGCUUUCUGUUACGCUUUUUACGAGCGCGGAAGUUCGAUGUCGACAAAGCAUACAAACUGAUGCGGAACUUCUACAAGGUCCGACUGCAGAAUCCGCAGAGGUACGUCCCGAUCGGCCUAGGCCCACGCGAUUUUAAACAUCUCUACGAGCUAAAUUGCGCUGUAUUGCUUCGACAUCGAAAUCCACUUGACGGAACAGUAAUCGUGUUAUGCCGCUUCGGUAAAUGGAAGCCGUCAACAGGGUUCGGCCCGCUCGAUGUCUACACGCCGGCCGUAUAUGGUGGAGAGCUGAUCAUGGACCAGCCUGAAGUACAGCUAAAUGGCUUCACAUUCAUCUUGGAUCUACAAGGCCUCGAGUAUAACUGGAUUCUGAAGUAUGUCACACCAGAUUACAUAACGCAAAUGCUUGGAUUCGCCCAAGAAAGUUACCCGCUCCGUAUCAAAAAGGUGCACAUCAUCAACCAGUCUUACCUAUGGAGUAUAGGCUACGCCAUCGGAAGGCCCUUUGUGCCGUCCAAACUUCGAGAAAGGUACCACCUUCACGGGAGCAAUAUGUCCUCGCUGCAUCAACAUAUUCCCCGAGAAAUCCUGCCUGAGGAACUCGGCGGUUUAACCGGACCGCUGGACUAUUGGUUUUAUGACUGUAUAUACAAACUUCAUGAUCGUAUCGUUAAAGAAAGCCAUUACGGCUAUGGUGUUUAAAGGCCAAUAAAGGAAUUCAGAAGCCAACAACGCCUGCAAACCGGAAAAAGAAGGAUGAGCUCACAUACUUCGUAUAUAUGUAUAUAUAUAUACAUA